AUUUUAUCUAAACUCAAACAACGGGUUAACCACAAUGGCAGAUAACACCCCUUUGGAUGAAUUACAAUGGCGAUCACCGGAAUGGAUCCAGGCGUUUGGGCUCCGCACCGACAACAUUCUUGAGUACUUCUCGCAGUCCCCCUUUUACGACAGAACUUCCAAUAACCAGGUACUUAAGAUGCAAUCACAGUUCAAUGAAAACUUGGGUAGCUUGAAUGAUGUAACCGAGCGGUUGCGAGAGAUGAAGGGUAUUGAGUUUACCGUUGCGUAUGUUCGUGAGCCGGACUUUUGGAUUGUGCGCAAGCAGAAGCGUUACAGCGAAGAGGAGACAGAGACGUUGGCAGACUUUUAUGUCAUAGGAGCCAAUGUUUAUAUGGCGCCAGAUAUCCACUCCAUAUUGUCAUCCCGAUUGCUCAGCACAGUGUUGUCCUUACGGACUUCCUUGGGAAAGCUUCAGCAGGUUUCACGUUUUACGCCGUCCCAGGGCCAUAUUUAUCCCGCCGAGCAGCAGUAUAACAAAAGUGUGGGGUCCAGACCUAAGACAAAUAUUUCAACGCCCUACUCCGCCACCCCUGGAACCGUCGGUGGAAGCGCCGCGUCCGUCACGGCCGCAGUAAACGCUGCCACAUCGUCCAAGACGUUUGACAACCUUUUGAACAUUUCACUAAAGAACAGUACGGUGUAUUUGGAGGAUAUCCCGUUAGCGGGACCGGGAUCGACGCGAGCGACGCUUAUUAAUGAGGCGACAAAUACAAACAAGGAGAAGAGAUAGCUGCAUGCAAAUCCAGCGAGCCAGUUAAGCGAAGCAAGGAUAAAUCCCUAGUUUUCGUAUGCCAAAGAGAGCCGAGCUUAGUUAAAUGGGAAGAUGCUGUAUUUUUCAUAGAGAAGCGGGCGCAAGGUUUACUUCAUCGAGAGUCGAAUGACAAGUGGCAUGAGAAGCUCAGAGAGCCACGUUAAGCAAGAAUAUUCAAAUAACUUCAUGACAGCAAGCCGGGCUGAACGUCGUAAAUGAAGUAGAAUACAUGGUAUAUAUACUAUAGUGAUAUUUUAGUAAAAUUUGGUUAAAACAACGGUGCACAGCAUUGUU